CCUUGGCGGCAUCGCGCUUUCGAUCCCGCCUGCCGUGUUUGCGGGCCGUGUGUUGUGUCGGAGUCGCGCGUGUUUCUUUCCAUGGGAGACGGUCCGACGAAUGCACGCGUGCGAUGUUGUGACGCAGCGCGUAGUCUAAUGCGAAAUCACUGCACAAUCACGCAAGAGUUAUAGGGCAACUCCAGUAUUCACAAUGGCGGGAGAGCAGCAGCAGUUUCUUAAAUGGAACGACUUCCAAUCGAAUAUGGUAUCAUCGUUCAAACAUCUGCGAGAUGAGAAAAGCUUCACGGAUGUGACAUUGGCUUGCGAUGGUCAAACUUGCAAAGCGCAUAAGAUGGUUUUGUCUGCCUGUAGUCCUUAUUUUAAAUCCUUAUUAGAGGAAAAUCCGUCCAAACAUCCAAUUAUAAUUUUAAAGGACGUUGCAUACAGUCAUCUACAAGCUAUUCUAGAAUUUAUGUAUGCGGGUGAAGUAAAUGUUUCACAAGAUCAGCUGCCAGCAUUUCUCAAAACAGCAGACCGGCUUAAAGUUAAAGGACUAGCUGAAGCUCCUGGUGCCAUUAAAAGAGAAGGUUAAAGGUGCACGUAAUUACGAUAUUUGAAAAGUGUGUGGACUGAAAAAAAAACAGUGUAAUAAUGUAAAGUGAUCGAAUAAACACAUACCACACAACAUAAACACGCAACACAACAUACAUUAUAAAUAUAUAGACAUAUGUAAAAAAAAUUAAAACACUGCGUGUGCACAACUCAGUGUCCUUUGGUUCAUGACUUGGAUCAACACGCGGUGAUGAUGUAAAAUAAAUGCCUUUUUCUUAAUCUC